AUGGGUGCUACAAAAACAAAACCUACCAUUGAAAUUGGAGAACAACUUCUUUUUACCGUGUUUGAUGAACCUCGUUUAUUAAAAAGUCUGCAAAAUAAUUUUAUGAACAAGAAAUUGCAAUUUGUUGUGGAAGGAAAAUAUUUUUCUUGGACUGACGUUACAAAUACAUAUAUUGAUGAGAGGAGUAUCACUACUAGGACAAUGUUAAGAAAUUACGCCUUGUCACAUUUCUCCGUCAAACUUUCAAAAGAUGCGUGUAAAAUAUUUUUUAAGAUCGUUGCUGCUCCAAUUAUAAUCGUUGUGUCGACAAAACAAUUGAACAAUUCUACGUCAUUAAACACAGUAGAAUUUAUUGAAAAUAUUAAUAAGAUUUUUGAUUCAUUGAAUAGCAGAGUAUUACAAUACCCCAAUCCAUUUAAAGGACCAUUAUCAAUUUACACAUCUAUUGAUACAUUGGAAAAAGGCAUAAAAUAUUUCCAAAGCAUAGAUGUGUUGGAAAACAAUAAAAUACGAAACAAUAUAUACUGUUUUGAAGGAUUUCAAUGGACAUUAACAUCUAUUUCAUUGUUAUGGGAAAACGUCAAAUCCCAAAGAAUCACCUAUUUAUUGACAUCAUUCCUAAAUUCUGUUAUUAAAAAUAGAGAUGGUUAUAAUUCCACUCUAAUAGUACGUCAGUGUCAGAUAGCUAUUCAACAAAAUAUUAAUAUUCGUCUUCAAAUGGCUACGGAUACAGGAAUUGUCAGAUUUGUGAAAAUGAAGCACUUGAUAUUGUGGAAGUUAAAGAAAGUACACUUCAUUUUGAAAAAAACAGAGAAUCAAGAGGAAGCUGAAAAAAAAAAGAUCAAGGGGAAGUUUAAGUUACGACAGGGGAAGUUGAAGUUACGACAGGAGAAGUUGAAGUUACGACAGGAGAAGUUUUGGAAAAAGAAAAUGUAUGUUUGA